AUGGACACGGGCAUCGGAGCCGUGGACGGGCCCAAGGCGGCGCCCAGCGGCGCAUUGGCCUGCCCCGCCACCUUCGCCGCGUCGUCCUCUCACGCGUCCUCCGCCGAGGCCACCAUGGGCCGCCACCUCGCGCGCCGCCUGGUGCAGGUGGGCGUGAGCGACGUGUUCGCCGUGCCGGGCGACUUCAACCUCACCCUCCUCGACCACCUCAUCGCCGAGCCCGGCCUCCGCCUCAUCGGCUGCUGCAACGAGCUCAACGCCGGCUACGCCGCCGACGGGUACGCGCGCGCCAAGGGCGUCGGCGCAUGCGCCGUCACCUUCACCGUCGGCGGGCUCAGCGUGCUCAACGCCAUCGCCGGCGCGUACAGCGAGAACCUGCCGCUGAUCUGCAUUGUCGGAGGACCCAACUCCAACGACUACGGCACCAACCGCAUCCUCCACCACACCAUCGGCCUCCCGGACUUCACCCAGGAGCUCCGCGCCUUCCAGACCGUGACCUGCUACCAGGCCGUCGUCAACAACCUCGACGACGCGCACGAGCAGAUCGACAAGGCCAUCUCCACCGCGCUCAAGGAGAGCAAGCCGGUGUACAUUAGCGUCAGCUGCAACCUCCCCGGCGUCUCCCACCCCACCUUCAGCCGCGACCCCGUCCCCUACUUCCUGUCCCCAAGGAUGAGCAACCAGAUGGGACUCGAGGCGGCGGUGGAGGCCACCGUGCAGUUCCUGGACAAGUCGGUGAAGCCGGUGAUGGUGGCCGGCCCGAAGCUGCGUGUGGCCAAGGCGGCCGCGGCGUUCGCGGAGCUGGCGGACGCGAGCGGGUACGCUGUGGCGACGAUGCCGUCGGCCAAGGGGAUGGUGGCCGAGACGCUGCCGCGCUUCCUCGGCACCUACUGGGGCGCGGUGAGCACGGCGUUCUGCGCCGAGAUCGUCGAGUCGGCGGACGCCUACCUCUUCGCCGGCCCGAUCUUCAACGACUACAGCUCCGUGGGGUACUCCUUCCUGCUCAAGAAGGAGAAGGCGGUGAUCGUGCAGCCCGACCGUGUCACCGUCGGCAACGGCCCGGCCUUCGGCUGCAUCAUGAUGAAGGACUUCCUGUCUGCGCUGGCCCAGAGGGUGACGAAGAACACGACGGCCUACGAGAACUACAAGAGGAUCUUCGUGCCUGACGGCGAGCCGCCGGAGAGCGAGCCCGGGGAGCCGCUGCGCGUGAACGUGCUCUUCAAGCACGUCCAGAAGAUGCUCACCGGCGACAGCGCCGUCAUCGCCGAGACCGGCGACUCGUGGUUCAACUGCCAGAAGCUCAAGCUGCCCGACGGCUGCGGGUACGAGUUCCAGAUGCAGUACGGGUCCAUCGGGUGGUCGGUCGGAGCGCUGCUCGGGUACGCCCAGGGCUCCCAGGACAAGCGCGUCAUCGCCUGCAUCGGCGACGGCAGCUUCCAGGUGACUGCCCAGGACGUGUCCACGAUGCUGCGCUGCGAGCAGAACAGCAUCAUCUUCCUCAUCAACAAUGGAGGGUACACCAUUGAGGUGGAGAUCCACGACGGGCCCUACAACGUCAUCAAGAACUGGAACUACACUGGCCUCGUCGACGCCAUCCACAACGGAGAGGGCAAGUGCUGGACAGCCAAGGUGACUUGUGAGGAGGAGCUGACGGCGGCGAUAGAAACAGCGACGGGGGAGAAGCAGGACUGCCUCUGCUUCAUCGAGGUGAUCGCGCACAAGGACGACACCAGCAAGGAGCUCCUGGAAUGGGGAUCCAGGGUCAGCGCGGCCAACUCUAGGCCACCCAAUCCACAGUGA